CGGUUCCAUAUCUCAUUUAAUAAGAAGAAGUAAGGUACAGACAAGCUUCGUAUAGAGGCAGCUGUUACAUACAGCUUUUAAUAAACUCAUCAGAGCUCCUGUCAGAGAUCAAAUGGACGAUACAGCGUACACUUUUCCACCAGAUAACAUUUCCUUCUCCUCCUCUGUUCUCUCCCUCUGCCCCACCGCUGCCACACUCUUCUUCCUCCCCUCUGUCUACACACUCCACUUCCUCACAGCUCUCCCAGGCAACAUGCUGUCUUUGUGGGUGUUCCUCCGGUGCAUCUCCACCAUCUCUUCCACCCACAUUUAUCUGUCCCACCUGAGUAUCUCCAAUCUGAUGCUGUGCCUCACCACCCCCUUCCUUGCAGCCUACUUUGCCUGGGGCUCAGUCUGGACACUGAGUGGCAUCCUGUGUCAACUGGUCCUGCACGGUAUCACUCCAGUGCUCCACAUUAACAUCUACAUAAGCCUCAUGAUGCUCACUUGCGUGGCCCUCAGUCGCUUUGCAGCCCUCAUCCAAAACACCCAUGCCUCCAGGCCGAGCGCCUUCAAAACGCUACUGCCACAGAGCUUCUUCACCUCUCUCAGAAGGUCGUCCUUUGCCAGCAGGGUGUGUGCCACAGUGUGGGUGCUGGCGGUAGGUGGUAUCGUGCCAGUGACAGUUUACUACUCAGUGAACGAAGCUUUGAGCGCCAACGCUUCAGCAGCCAGCAGGGACCGAGAGGCUGAGAAAGGAGGACGUGUAGAGGUGUGCUACAACCCUACGGUGGAAAUAGGGGGCAAACUGUCUGCAGCUUUGGUUGUGCCUGUUAUAACGCUGUUCUUUGUGUUUUACCUGCUGCUGCUGCUUUCCUACAUGACAGUGUUGAGACAUAUAGGACGCUCACGUCGCAGCACAAACGUCACCACUUCCCAGAGCUUGCUGGGUAGGACAUUCCGAAAAAUCGUGGUCAUCCAGGUUGUUCUUUCAGUUUGUUUGCUGCCAUACCACAUCUUCAAACCCAUUUUCAUUUCUCUGGCACAUGAUGAACGUCAGCUGACAUAUUCACCUGGUCCCAACCACUGUCACCCACUCUCCACCUUGAUCGAGCUCAAGAACUGCCUGUUGCUUCUGGCUGCACUGAGAGGUUCAACUGAUCCCUUGAUGUAUUUCCUAUUAGACAAGACCUUCCGUCAUGAAACCUUCAGACUUUUACGUUGCAACCACAACAAACCAAGCAGGCAGAAGUGUUGGUCAGUUAGGGGAAGUACCAGUCAGAAGGCUGCAGAAUUGGGGGAUGGUAAUGUGCCUACUGCCACUGUGAACAUAAGUCAUGAAAGUGUUUUGUAGCUGGCAAUCUGUUCUUGUGAAAGAAGCCUGAUGUUUAAAGCUCAUAAUCCUGGGAGUCUAGUGGUAAAGACGCAUUCUAGCCAGGGACGAAAAAUCUUUUUUUUUUGUGUUUUGUAUGCUUUCCGUAGUUUGUCCUUUAUACCUGUAAAAUACUUUUAAUGCGACAAGAUCUACGGGAAGAAACAUGAUAUAAUUUUCAAGUAUACAUGCAGAGGUUUGUAGAGCAACCACCAUGUGCAACAGAAGCCUAUUAAUAUUUGAUAUCCAUGUGUUAUAAACCUUGUUCAGUAAUUGUGUGUAAAUUAUUGAUGAAGGCUUCCCAAGUGUGUACUGUACUGGUGUUUGUGCAGAAGGUGUGUGAGCCUGUAUUGGGAGAGUUUUCAAGGCGACAAUGGGCAUCAUGCAGAAGCGAUAUAUGAACAAAUGUUCUUAGGUUUGUUCAUAUGCAUUUUAGUGACCAAUAAAAAAAAACAUUCAACUGUCUUUCCAAGGAAACAUAAGUUUUAAAUAAAAAGCUGCAGGAAUAUCAUAUAAUCAAAGUUACAUUAUUAUGUUUUACAUUAAUUAUCCGAACCUCAAAAUUAUGAUCAACCUGUAUUAAGAGUGUUUAUCUAAUUCUGUUAUAACUGUAUAACUGUAACUAUAGAUGCUUGGCUUCUUGAUCACAUGGUAGUCACGUUAGUCUGCAUUGUAACUGUUACUUGAGUGUACUUGUUUGGACAAACUAUCUGUAAAUAGGCAACAUUAAAAUAUGUUGAAUACCAUUUCUAGUUCUAAUUUUUGCAAGAAAAAAAUGAACUAAGUCACACUUGCUUCCCCCAAUUAACGUAACCUGUGGUAGAUUAAUUGAAGACAUUUUUUCGCUUAUUUGCUGAAACCAAUUCCUCACUGAAUGAUCGCCACUGUUUUCCUUAUAAUUCUCCCAAUUUUUCAGCUUCAUAACAGAUGCCAGAGGCCUGUAAACCUUGUGUAUUUGGUGCAUAUAUAGGUGUGUGUGCCUGUGAGAGUGUAUGCAUGCUUUCAUUCGUUUCUGUGAGAAAGACAGGAGUCUCCCUAGAGUUGGCAUUAGUUCCAGUGGUUGUCUAUUAUUGUUAAAGGCACAGUGACAGAUUAUUGCUUCUGUUUGUUCAAGCAAAAUGCUCUCAGACAUGAAAGUUCAUUGCUACCGGCACUCUUAGGAGUGUGUGAGGCUAGUGCCAGCUGACAAACAGCACUUUUAAAAGUUAUCAGUUUAUCAAUAAAAGGUUCUUCAGACAGUG